AUGAAAAAACGACAACCCCAUCCCCCACCCCCUGGGAUAAGGUUUUUUUCCCAGGGGGUGGGGGAUGGGGUUGUCUUUGAUAAAAUAACUUAUCCUGAUUUCAGGACUUUCAUUUUUCCGCUGAGGAUAAGGGGAGGUAAACCCAUUUCUUUAUUUCCUUUUAUGGCCGCCGUUUUCUUCUGUUCAGUAAACGGUGAUCUACAGACGUACGGGAUACUCCUAUCGAAUACUCAGAUCCACCACUGGUUUCAGAAGGCAAGAUUCUGUCUUGGUAUUAUGUUAUUUUGUACGGGAAUGUACAUGAACAUCCGAUCUGACAGUUUGCUGACGUCAUUACGGAACGAGAAAGAAGGCGCGUACAGUAUAUCCCUUGGAUUUCUAUUCGAGAACGUCUCUUGUGCUAACUUCCUGGGAGAAAUAGUGGAGUGGAUCGGUUUUUCUGUGGCGUGUUUUAAUCUCCCCUCUUUGGCAUUUGCUGUAUUCACUCUGUGUUAUAUCGGCCCUAGGGCUGUCCAUCAUCACAGAUUUUAUCAGGAGAAAUUUGAGGAUUAUCCAAAAGAAAGAAAGGCCCUGAUUCCGUUUCUUCUUUAGGACGGGGUUUCAGCUACAGAAUCACAGGGAUCA